GAAAUGAGAUUGGAAAGUAUCAUGUUCAUUGCAACUCACCUGUUUAAUGUCGUCAGAGAGUUAUAGGACAUGUAAUGGACUAGAACAGAGAAUAGGAUAAUUCUGACAAACUCAACAACAUGAGAUUUUGGAGGCGAUCGAGGCAGUCUAGACACUUUAGCACCUUUGAGGACAGUAACUCCAGAGGCGUUACAGAGUUAGCUGGCGGGCAUGGCCUGAGUAACCUCCGCUGGAACCCGUUCUACAGAGUGAGCCGGUCUGGACGUUUUCAUCCCUUUCACUCAGUUAUCAACCCAUUCCUGCACCAGACACAAGAACAUGUGCCAAAAUGUCUAGCUCUUGUUUCACACUCAGAGAUUCUAAGGGGACAAAAUGUGGAGAACUUUUCCCAUGAAUGUUGGCUUCAAAACCACUUGCAUCAAUUUGCACAUUCAUCUAUGAACAAUCCUUCAGAUAACAAUGUUGAACAAGCAGAAGAAGUUGAGGACACAGAUGAAGUUGAAGACGACAGCCCAGUGGGAAGCGAUACAGAGAGACACUCUGUAUCAUCUGUCAACAGCUUCGAGUUUGACGAUGAUGAUGAGGAUAAUGAUUUGGGAGAGGAAAGGUCAGAGAAUCAAUUACCACCUGACAUCUUUAACUACACAAUGGCCAUAGAGUUACCACCGUAUAACAAUGAACCACCACCGAGUUACGAGGAAGCUGUGGCGGAGGAUGCCAGGAGAGAGAGGCGCCUUAACUCGUCAACGCGAUCUCGAGAUGCUUUCCUCUGGUGAAACUUUGAGUUUGUGAAUUGAAUUUAACCUACUGUGGUGCAUCUGAUUUGCUUUUUGUAUCUAGAUUGUUAUAUUUUGUUUGUUUCUUUGCUAUUAUCAAAGAAAAAAAAAAUUGUGUUUUUUUAUGGCUAGUAGGUAUAUAAUAUUGUCAAUUCAUAUUAGAAUGUAACAUGUAUUCUCUGUCAAUAAUUAUGCUCAGUAUUGUAUGUUAUUUUUAAUCAUGAACUCCUACUGGAAAAACCCUGUACAUGUAUAUCUAUAUAUUUGUAGUAUCUAUUAUACAACACAUAUCAGAAAAUUGUACUCAUUCCUACAUUCCGUUCCCAAUACUCCAGCUCUGAGAUAACAGGUGAUUACUAUAGCUCAGAACCUGAGGUUACCUGUAAGUACAUUAAUGACAGAACUAUGUAUUUUUUCCAAGAUUGAAAUCGGUAAAAUCUGCCAGAUUAAAUUAUAAGGCCCUGGGCAGAAUUAACAUAAGAGAAAUGCAGUGCCUUAUAGUGAUUUGUAAGUGAUAAGACUCCUGUGAUAACAGAGAUAAUAUUAGU